GACGACAGCAGGUGAUUUUUUUCUGCAGCGCGCUUUCUCUCAGCUUCUUUCCUGGAUUUUUUUUCCCCCUGCCGAGCCGUAGAUAAGGGUGGGGCCGCUUCCCUGCAGCAGAGACGGCAGCGGCAGUGGCUGCAGCAUCAUUGGGAGCAGCUGCUGCAGCAAUGCUCGGUCUCCGCUGGAGGUGAUCGCCUCCGAGCCCUGCCUGCUAGGUGGCCGGCUGCGACGGGACGCCUCGGAGUAGGAAAAUACAGCCUCGCUCGUGGACCCGAAAGCCACACUCCUCGGCCUUUCCUCUACGCCAUGGCUUAAGCCCGCAGCCACCUCGCCUCGCGUCGCCUCGCUUGGCCGGGGUCUGCGCGCCGCCGCCGCAGCAGGGAGGGGCGCGACCCAGACGCCCUCGCCCGGGGACUCGGGAACGCCUUGUGUCUCAACCAUCGGUGCCCGCAGCCGACAGCUCUCCCAAGACCUUUGCAGGCGGCUCCCGGAGGCGUUUGCAGCCGGUAAUCGGGGGAACUUUAUGGACUUUAUCUCAGUGAUAGCUUGACCUUCCUGGGUGCUCUCCGAGGGAGGAGACCGAGGUAGCUCAGGCCACUGAGGGAAAAACAGUGGGAACCAGAUUAGCGACUGGUCGAGGGCCAAGGGACUGAAGUAAGAUUAGAGACUUGCUUUAGAACCACAAAAAAGAAAGAGGGAGGGCCAGCUUUGCAGCUAGCAUCAUGGCGUGGCCGUGCAUCACGCGGGCCUGCUGCAUCGCCCGCUUCUGGAACCAGCUGGACAAGGCGGACAUCGCUGUGCCGCUGGUUUUCACCAAGUACUCGGAGGCCACCGAGGCCCCGAGCGCCCCGCCGCAGCCGCCGCCGCCGCAGCAGCAGGCGCAGCCGGCGCACGCGCCCCCCUCGGCGCGGGCGGUCGCCAUAGAGACGCAGCCGGCCCAGGGCGAGUUGGAUGCAGUUGCCCGGGCAACGGGGCCGGCGCCGGGGCCUAGCGGCGAACGCGAGGCGGCGGCUGCCCCCGGCCGGAGCGGGCCCGGCCCCGGCCCGGCCUCCGGCUCCGCCUCCAGCGCGGGCCCCGCGGACUCGGUGAUGCGUCAGGACUACCGCGCCUGGAAGGUGCAGCGGCCCGAGCCGAGCUGCCGGCCGCGCAGCGAGUACCAGCCUUCCGACGCGCCCUUCGAGCGCGAGACCCAGUACCAGAAGGACUUCCGCGCCUGGCCGCUGCCGCGCCGCGGAGACCACCCGUGGAUUCCCAAGCCCGUGCAGAUCCCCGCGUCCUCCCAGGCUUCGGUGCCGAUUCUCGGGGCGUCCAAGCGCCGGCCGCAGAGCCAGGAGCGCUGGCCCGCGCAGGCCGCCGCCGAGGCCCAGGAGCAGGAGGCGACCCCUGGCGGAGCGGGUGGCCUCGCAGCCGGAAAGCCCUCCGGUGCCGAUGAGCGCGACACACGCAGGAAGCCCGGGCCCGCCUGGAUGCUGCGUCGCGCCGAGGGGCAGGGGCCGGAGCAGACGCCGCUGCCCGCAGCCCAGGCCCAGGUCCAGGCCGCGGUCCCCGAGGGUGGCAAGGGGCGCGCAGCGGCGGACGCCCUCAACAGGCAAAUCCGCGAGGAGGUGGCGAGCGCGGUGAGCAGCUCCUACAGAAAUGAAUUCCGAGCAUGGACGGACAUCAAGCCUGUGAAACCAAUAAAGGCCAAGCCCCAGUAUAAGCCUCCAGAUGACAAGAUGGCUCAUGAGACCAGCUACAGUGCCCAGUUCAAAGGGGAGGCCAAUAAGCCAACGCCAGCCGACAAUAAGGUGAUUGAUCGCAGAAGAAUACGCAGCCUCUACAGUGAACCUUUCAAGGAACCCCCAAAGGUGGAAAAACCUAGCGUUCAGAGUUCCAAACCAAAAAAGACCUCAGCAAGCCAUAAGCCCCCGCGGAAGGCCAAAGACAAGCAGGUGGUGUCGGGCCGGGCUUCCAAGAAAAAGAGCACAGAGGGUGCCAGUGCCCCCCAGCCUGAUGACAAGGAGCAAAGUAAAGAGAUGAACAAUAAACUGGCUGAGGCUAAAGAGAGCCAGGUUGAACUCACCAGUGAUUCACGUAAGAAUCGAGGUCCUGUAGCCACAGAGCCAGACAAGGAUCAAAGUCCUAUGGGCCCAGGGCCUCUGAAAGAUCAAGGUCCUGUGAUCCAAGAUCGUCCAAAAGAUCAAGGCCCUAUGGUCCCAGAGCCUCUGAAGGGUCAAGCUCCUGUGGUCUCGGGGCCUCUGAAAGAUCUAGGUCCUGUGGGCCCCGCACCAGUUAAGGAUCAAGAUCACGUGGCCCCUGAGCCUUUAAAGAAUGAAGGGUCUGUGAUCACAGCACCAGUAAAGGAACAAGGUUCCUUGGUCCCGGUGCCUCCAAAGAAUCAAAGUCCUGUGGCUCCAGAAAUAGUUAAGGAUCAAGGUGCCAUGGUACCAGAGCCUCCAAAGGAUCAAGGGCCCAUGGUCCCAGCGCCUGUCAAAGAUCAAAGCCCCGUGGUCCCUGAGCCUGUGGAUCAAGGUCCCAUGGUCUCAGCACCUGGCAAAGAUCAAGGUCCUAUGGUUCCAGAGCAUCCGAAGGAUCAAAGUGCCACGGUCAUAGCACCUAUAAAGAAUGAAAGCCCUGUGCUCUCUGAGCCUGUAAAGAAUCAAGGUUUAGUGGUUCUGGAGCCAGCCAAGGAUCAAGGUGGAGUGGCCCCAGAGAUUCUGAAGGAUCACGAUUCUGUGGUUGAGGCACAUGUAAAGAAUCAAGGUCCUGUGGUCCCAGCACUAGUCAAGGAUCAAGGUCCCAUGGUCCCAGAGCCUCCAAAGAAUCAAGAUCCCGUGGUCCCUGAGCCUGUGAAGAAUCAAGUUCCCAUAAUCCCGGUGCCUCUGAAAGAUCAAGACCUUCUGGUGUCACCACCAGCAAAGGACCAAGGUCCUGUGGUCCCUGAACCUCUGAAGACUCAAGGUCCCAAGGGCCCUCAGCUGCCCACUGUCUCACCUCCACCCCCAGUCAUGAUCCCAACUGUCCCCCGCGCGGAAUAUGUUGAGAGUUCCCCUUGAUACUCACCCCUCGACACGCCAAGGAAGGAUCUGGCGGUGGAAGUGCUCCCUCCCAGGGGCAGCGAAGACACAUAUUUAAUCUGCAUGAAACACGCACUGUAUAGUCUUGCUGGGAUCUAAUAAAGCUGGUCCCUCUGGCGCA